AGAGAGCUCGGCUAUGGCGCCGACGGCCGACUACGAUCUGUGGAAGAAGCACACGCCAGAUCUCUACGAUGUGAUCAUCACUCAUGCUCUUGAUUGGCCGGUGACGUCGGCGCAGUGGCUCCCUGAUCAUCAGAGGAUCUUGCUUGGAAUCAAGGCGCUGGAUGAUCCCGAAGAUUGUCUGGAGAAUUGCGUCCUCAUCGUCAAGCUCGCUGUCCCAGCCGAUCUUGACGCCGAGAUCCCUGAGAACUGGGUCCAGAUGACUCAAUGGAUCAAGCACGAAGGCCAGGUCAAUCGAGCUCGCUACAUGCCGCAAUGCCCAACCAUCGUCGCCGCCAAGGGCGAGACGUCGCGAGUUUGCAUCUUCGACACCACGAAGCACGAGAAUUCCGGCGGCCUGCCGUCGCAAGUGAUCGCCCAGACCCAGCCGGAGAUGCUACUCGAGGGGCAUACCAAAGGUGGCCAUGGUUUAUCCUGGAAUCCCUUCGGAUGUGGCAUCCUCGCGAGUGGAUCACGCGAUGGUCUCGUUUGCGUGUGGGAUGUGGGCGCCGCUGGAUCAUCGUCUCGUCCCAUUAUCACUUACCCGCAAAACACUCCAGUGGGAGACCUUACCUGGACGUCAAAACACGAGAACGUCUUUAGCACCGGGGAUGAAGCAGGCUGGAUGCGGACAUGGGACUUGCGAGAUCCUCUCAAUCCAGUGGUUGCGGCGCGUGCUCACUUAGACCCAUUGGAGUCACUGGCCUAUCAUCCUUAUGACGAAUUCUGUCUCGCAACUGGUUCGUGCGAUAACACUGCCCGGAUCUUCGACAUACGCGCGCUCUCCCAGCCUAUGCACACGUUCGUCGGUCACAGGGAUACGGUUGUACGCGUCGACUGGAGUCCCAAAUAUCCGGGUGUGUUGGUUACGUCGUCAGAAGAUCACAGGGUCAUGCUUUGGAACGUGCAAAGGAUUGGGGACGAACAGAGCGCCGAGGAUGCCGAAGACGGACCACCCGAGCUCGUGUUCAUCCACGGUGGACACUGGGACAUAGUCCACGACUUCUCCUGGGACGCCACCGCCAAUCUCAUCACCAGCGUCGGAGAAGAUCAAACUGUUCAGAUCUGGAGGACGGCAAAACACAUCAAGCGCACUAUGAAGGGCUCUUCGCCAUCCAGGGUGGAGAUCCCUUCCUCUCCAUGAUCAGAGAACGAGCAACAGUCUCCUCGAGCUCUAAAACAGCGUCAACGUUGCAAGAGCACGAAGGCACUGCUGCUGUCACUCGCUCUACUCCCAGCCUACCAGCUCAAGUAUCAUCCGAUCUGUCACAAGGACGGCGGCCGUGUUUCCUUUUGUCAUGGCAAUCUCUUGAGCGGAUCAUGCCAUGGUCUUGUGUGGUGAGAUCUCGUCUCAUUAACCAUGUAUAGCGCAAUUUCUCGUCUUGAUAAACUCUUAUUUCUUCAAGCUCAA